AUGGGAAAUCAGCAAUCCAAUAUCGGCGGUGGCCCCGGAGGAGACGGAGGCGAUGAUAAGAGCAAGAAGAAGGAUAAGCCCAAGUACGAACCACCGCCACAACCUACCACUCGUAUCGGCCGCAAGAAGCGUAGAGCUGCUGGUCCGAAUGCCGCCGCAAAGCUUCCCACUAUCCUGCCGACGUCGAGGUGUAAAUUACGGUAUUUAAGGAUGCAACGGAUCCACGACCAUCUACUUAUGGAGGAGGAGUAUGUUGAAAACCAAGAACGAAUCCGCAAAGCCAAGGCCCAAGCCACCGCCCAACCCUCGGCAACGGGAGAUUUGGAUGCUUUGGACAGGAAUGCCGAUGAGAGAGGCCGUGUGGAUGACAUGAGAGGAAGCCCGAUGAGUGUCGGUAAUCUGGAAGAAAUGAUCGACGACGACCAUGCCAUCGUUUCCAGCGCCACCGGCCCGGAGUACUACGUUUCGAUCAUGUCCUUUGUCGAUAAGGAUCUCUUGGAACCGGGUGCCAGUCUUCUUUUGCACCAGAAGUCUGUAUCCGUGGUUGGUGUUCUGACGGACGACGCUGAUCCGUUGGUGUCUGUCAUGAAACUGGAUAAAGCUCCUACAGAGUCGUAUGCAGAUAUCGGUGGUCUGGAGAAUCAGAUCCAAGAAGUGCGAGAGGCAGUGGAGUUGCCAUUGCUGCACCCCGAGCUCUACGAGGAAAUGGGAAUCAAACCUCCCAAGGGUGUCAUCCUCUACGGUAGCCCUGGAACGGGAAAGACUCUUCUCGCCAAGGCCGUAGCCAACCAAACGAGUGCCACCUUUUUGCGCAUUGUUGGUAGUGAGCUGAUUCAGAAAUACCUGGGUGACGGUCCACGACUAGUGCGCCAAAUCUUCCAAGUAGCCGCCGAGCACUCCCCAUCAAUUGUCUUCAUCGACGAAAUUGAUGCUAUCGGUACUAAGCGCUACGAGUCGACCUCUGGAGGUGAACGAGAAAUCCAGCGAACCAUGUUGGAGCUUCUGAACCAGCUAGAUGGAUUCGAUGACCGUGGAGACGUCAAGGUGAUCAUGGCCACCAACAAGAUCGAGAGUCUGGACCCUGCGUUGAUCCGACCUGGUCGUAUUGAUCGUAAAAUCCUCUUUGAGAAUCCUGACCAAAACACCAAGCGAAAGAUCUUUACACUGCACACCGGCAAGAUGUCUUUGAGCGAGGAUGUCGAACUCGACGAAUUCAUCAACCAGAAAGACGACCUCUCUGGUGCCGAUAUCAAAGCCAUUUGUUCCGAAGCCGGUCUCAUGGCUCUGCGUGAGCGCCGAAUGAGAGUCCAAAUGGAAGACUUCCGAACUGCCAGGGAGCGGGUACUCAAGACCAAGAGCGAGAGCGAACCCGAGGGCUUGUACCUUUAA